AAGAUAUUUCUAUUUCUUAAUCUUGUAACAGAUGUUUCGCAUUGUUAACUAAUUGAGUGACUUUCUUUUCGCUCGCAGUCUGUUGUAUGGUAUUUUUGACAAUGAUUAUGACUGCCAAACCAAUUGCAUUAAAAUUUUCACUGUGUUAGGAUAUAGCGAUCUUCUUUGUAUGUAAAAACUUAUAAAGUAACAAAAUAUAAUAUAUUUGCUUUAGAGGUUGCUGCUCGCUACGACGCGUUCAUCUCUUACAGCGAAAUAGACGGCGGAUCAUUUGUACGUUCAACGUUGAAGCCAAUGUUGGAGGACGAAUGCGGUUACAAAUUAUCCUUACAUUAUCGAGAAUUUGUUCCUGGUAGAACCAUUGCAGAUAAUAUAGUUGACUCUAUAUACGGCAGUCGUCGCAUUGUGACCAUUGUUACUCCAAAAUUCAUCGAUAGUGAAUGGUGCAAAUUCGAAGUCGGUCAAGGACUUCACCGCGCUAUCCAAAAGCCGAACACACUAGUUGUCGUUAUGUUGGUCGAAAUGCAGAAAAAACGAUUGCCAAAAUGGCUUCAAUCGUCCAUAUCGCAUGUAACUUUUCUUCAGUGGAAUGAUGGAAAACGAGAUGAAAUGCGCAAACAAAUGAGGAGUGCUUUAGGAAAGCCUUGUACUCUUAAUCAUACUGAUGGACAUGGAGAAAAUGAGAUUGGAUUUGAAAUUGCUAGGGAAGAGAGGAAUCCUGGCAACAAUAAGCUGCAAGAGAAUGGCAAGGAAUGUGAUCCAUCUAGUCCGCACGUGAUUUGGUCGGAGAAUGUAGCAGUUAUUUCCGUGUAGUGCUAACACUAACCGCUUUGGGAAUAGCUCACCACAGAGAAGAAAAUCACCUUCCGGGAUGUCGCAAUGCAAAACUCGCUUUGGGGAUUGAAACUUUUAUUUUAAUUCUUUAUGUCCUUAUGUUCUUAUGUCCUUUCGUUAUGUUAUCCAAUCUCGGGUUUUAACCAUUCAUCUUAGGAUUUAACGGCGGGGUGGGGGAAUCGUUGAAGGAAAGCACAGAAAUAAAUCCCCAAUGUUACUCAAAAUAUCUUGCGCAAGGCGACGGGCGAAAAAAUCAUACAAUCUUGAAUCCUCGGGUUCAAUUAGCCUUUCUUAUACCCUUGGUUUAUCCGCCAUUAAUUUGGGGGCACUGCCCCUCCCAAGUCUAAGAGAAUACGCACCGCAAAAUGCGAUUUUUUAUUAUUGUAUAUGUGUGUAUAAUGCCCGGGAAAAUGUACAGUUACAACUCUGGAAAAGAUUUUUACAUUGUUUGACUGUCUAGAUUCUCCGACGUUGGAAGACAGUACUCAGAAAAUUGCGGGUAUGGGUGCCCAUUAUGAGGCUAAUUAUUUAAUCUUAGUAUUAGGAUUCAAUUAUUCAAUGAAUGAAUCUAAUGAUCCAGUAGUUGUUUAGAAUCUUAUCAGGCUGAAUGAUUUAACCAUAAGAUUUACUGACCCAGUCUUGAGAUUGAGCUAUUGAUUCUUAGGAUCCAAGGAUUCUAUUACUAAAUCUCAAAAUUGAGCGCGGAUUCGGUCUUACGAUACAAUGACUGAAUCGACGUAUGGAAUUAGUGGAGGUUGAACAUUAGUUUUCCUUACAAUGGCUUUCCUUUCUCGCGAAAAUUUUAUUUAUAAAUUUACCUAUAGUUUGGGCAUACAGACACGUUUUAUCAUUAAUUUAUUAUUUAUUGCAAAAUUAUAUAAACUCAUUUUACAAGUUUCAAGUUUUUACCCAUUCAUAGCAUGUCU